AUGGAUUCUCUUUUUCUGUGGUUUUGCGUUGCUAUAGCCAGACAAGCUGAACUAGCGCAGCAGCGCCUCGAUGAGAAGCGGCUGAAGGAGGAGGAGCAGCAGCGGGUGCAGCAGCAGCAGCAGCUGCUGCGGCAGCAGAGGCAGCAGCAGCAGGAAGAAUACUACGCAGCCUUGAAGGCAGAACGCCGGGCCCUGAGGAAGCAAGGCCAUGUCUUUGCUGACAGCAGCAGCAGCAGCAGCAGCAGCAGCUGUUCCUCCUCUGAAUCCGAGGCGGAGACGCAGACAAAACAGCAGCAGCAACAGCAACAGCAGCAGCAGCAGCAGCAGCAGCAGCAGCAAGAAGGAAGAAAACGGACAGAUGAUGAAGCAUUCGAGGCAUGGUAUGAGAGCUGCAGCCAGGGGCCCCCUGGGGGCCCUAUCCGUUUGGGUUCUUUAGGUACAACGAACUUUGCUGCAGCAGCAGCAGCAGCAGCAGCUGCUGCUGCUGCUGCAUCCUCGGACUCAGCACAGCAGCAGCAGCAAAAGCGCAGCAGCAAGAGCAGCAGCAGCAGCAGCAGCAGCAAAGUGAAAGUAAUAUAUAUAUGUGAAAUAUGUGAAAAAGAAUUCCGCAGCUCGCAGCAAUAUGAAGCACACGCAAAGUCAACAAAACACAAAAAAAAUUUAAAGAGACUGGCAGAGCAGCUCGAGCAAGACCUAGAGGGAAUAGAUGCUGAAGAAUAUAUACCAGACACGCAGCAGCAGCAGCAGCAGCAGCAGCAGCAGGAGGGGGAGGGGGAGGAGGGGGAGGAGGAGGUGCUGCAGCAGGAGAGGCAGCAGGUGGACGCAACAGACAGCGAUGAACCAUCAAAGGAGAAGCAGCAGCAGCAGCAGCAGCAGCAGCAAGAGCUCCUGGGGGCCCUAUCCGUUUGGGUUCUUUAG